CUCCCCGCUUCAUUCUGAGCCGAGCCCGGUGCCCAGCGCAGGAAGCUCCGCAGGCGGCGGCGGCCUGAGCUCCUAAGCAGCCCGCUCCUUCCCGGUCUCUCCUUUCCCCGCGCGCGGUCAGCAUGAAAGCCUUCAGUCCAGUGAGGUCCGUUAGGAAAAACAGCCUUUCGGACCACAGCCUGGGCAUCUCCCGGAGCAAAACCCCGGUGGACGACCCGAUGAGCCUGCUGUACAACAUGAACGACUGCUACUCCAAGCUCAAGGAGCUGGUGCCCAGCAUCCCCCAGAACAAGAAGGUGAGCAAGAUGGAAAUCCUGCAGCACGUCAUCGACUACAUCUUGGACCUGCAGAUCGCCCUGGACUCGCACCCCACUAUUGUCAGCCUGCACCACCAGCGACCUGGGCAGAGUCAGGCGUCCAGGACGCCGCUGACCACCCUAAACACGGACAUCAGCAUCCUGUCCUUGCAGGCUUCUGAAUUCCCUUCUGAGUUAAUGUCAAAUGACAGCAAAGCGCUCUGUGGCUGAAUAAAUGGUGUUCAUGACUUUUCUUUUUCUUUGCACAACAACAACGAAUCCACAGGAUCUUUUAAGGCGCUGAACUUCUUAUUUUUCAACCAUUUCACAAGGAGAACAACAAGUUGAAUGGACCUUUUUUAAAAAAAAAAAAAAAAUGGAAGGAAAA